AUGUCAGCAACUACAUUUGACAACGCUCCAUCUUGGGGAUCAACUGCUACUAGUGGCGGAUGGGGAGACAGCUUUGCAAAGCCAUCUAUCCCAGAAGUAACAGCAACCGAGAAUAACGAAAACCAAGACCCUAAUGCUAAACCUCAACUUCCUCCUCUUAACUAUGAGACCUUACUCCCCAUUCAUGAGCAAGCAAGUUUUUUUGAGUCACUUUUUAUCUUUAUUGUGAAAAGGAGAUUUUAUUAUAAUAGUUAUUAAUUAUAUAGAUAGUCAUCAAUUAAAAGAUAAUUUUCCAAUGAUUUUGUAGGCCUAUGGAGGGAAAAAGUUAGGAGAAAAGCUUCAACAAAUAGAUUGGAACUCAGAAACUCUCAUUCCAGUUGUCUCAAAGGCUUUUGAAUCAACUCUUUCACUUGAAGAUAUCAAUAACUUCUUUACACAGAAUGCUUCAGUGGUUAAAGGCAGUGAGAUAAAGCCUAUAAUCUCGUUUGCAGAAUUUGGUUUUCCAGAAGCAAUUACAGCACUGUUUGAAGCUUCCAAGUUUAUUCAGCCAACUCCUAUACAGUCUUUAAUGCUGCCUUCUGCCCUUGGUGGAAAAGAUAUAAUUGGUAUAGCCUGCACAGGUAGUGGAAAAAACACUUACUCCCCCCCCUCCGUGAGUGAACAAAACCAUUAGAAAAAUCCCUAUUUUUUGCCCAAAAACCCACCCUCCGUGAGUGAACAAAAAUUUUUUAUGGAAAAAAAUUUUGAUAUAUAAAUGAUAAUUAGUAUAAUGAAAUCUAGAGCUAAUUCUGUUUAAUUUUAAACGAAUUGCUUUUUAAAACAUAAAUUUUAUAAAUUAAAUUAAUAUUUGCUUUCCAAUUUUUUGCGAAUUAGAAUUUUUUUGAAUUUCGAAAAAAAAUAUUUUUUAUAAAAUUUAUAUAUAAAUUUUUUAUAAAAAAACAAUUAACCCCCCUCCGUGAGUGAACAAAACUUUUUUGUUCACUCACUUAGCUACGUACUUCCAGCCUUAAUCCACAUAACUAACCAACAGCCAAUUCAACCAGGUCAAGGCCCAAUUGCUCUUAUUCUCGCUCCAACCCGCGAACUUGCUAACUCCCCCCCCCCUCGUGAGUGAACAAAAAAUUUUUUUCACUGACGGAGGGGGUUUAAUUUUUUUUUUUUUAAAAAAAUUUAUAAAUUUUAUAAAAAAUAUUUUUUUUCGAAAUUUAAAAAAAUCCUAAUUCGCAAAAUUGGAACGCAAAUAUUCAUUUAAUUUAUAAAAUUUAUGUUUUAAAUAGCAAUUCGUUUAAAAUUGAACAGAAUUAGCUCUAGAUUUCAUUAUUUUAAUUAUCAUUUAUAUAUCAAAAUUUUUUUCCAUAAAAAAUUUUUGUUCACUCACGGAGGGUGGGUUUUUGGGCAAAAAAUAGCGAUUUUUCUAAUGGUUUUGUUCACUCACGGAGGGGGGGGGAGUAAGCAAAUUAUCUUUGAAGCUAACCGAUUCGGCAAAUGCCUUGAAAUCCGCAGUGUCUGUCUUUACGGUGGUAACGGAAGACAAUUCCAAAUGAAAGACUUAGAAGUUCUUCCCCAGCUUGUCGUUGCCACUCCCGGACGACUUCUCGAUUUCCUAGAGUGCGGCGCUAUCAAUCUUAAGCGAACCAGCUACAUUGUGGUAGAUGAAGGCGACAGAAUGCUUGACAUGGGCUUUGCUCCUCAACUCAGAAAAAUUCUAAGCCAAGCCCGUCCUGAUCGUCAAAUAAUAGCAUGCUCUGCCACAUGGCCAAACACUCUUGAGGAGCUUUCCAAAGAAUUCAUGAAAGACCCAAUCGAAAUCCACAUUGGCAAAGAAGGAGGAGUUACUGCGAACCACAACAUCACACAAGUCAUAAAUAUCGUUGACUCAGAAGAAAAAAUGGACAAACUCGUUGAAAUUGUGAAGCCUCUGACUGAAAAGCGUAUCUUAAUAUUUGUCGAUACAAAAGCUCAAUGCGAAAUUCUCUCCUCUGAGCUGGAAUCAAAAGAAAUAAAAUCAGCUACACUUCAUGGCGAUAAGUCAAUGAAAGAUAGGAUGACUACACUUCUUGAUUUCAGGGCUGGGAGAAAUUUUAUUGUUAUUGCGACAGAUCUGGCCAGCAGAGGACUUGAUGUUAAAGAUCUUGACUAUGUGAUUUGCUAUGAUUUCCCUAAAAGAAUUGAAGAUUAUGUUCAUAGGAUUGGAAGGACUGCAAGAGGGACUUCUAAAGGAACUGCCAUUUCUUUUUUUACAAAAGAUAAUGCUAAAUGUGCACAAAAUUUGAUACAGGUCUUAGAAGAGGCUCAACAAAAUGUCCCAAGGGAACUUAGCUUGCCUUGCAAGCGAGAAUUUUAUUUUACUUUUUUACUCCCCCUAACGUUUAAAUUGGAACAAAAAAUUUUGCUCCAAUUUAAAAGAGAAUUUACUUUUUUAUAAAAAAUUAAUAUAAAAUUUUCUUUACUAUUUAUAGCUUUAAAAAACAAAAAAGCUUAUUGAAUGCAAUAUUUUUAAAUUUUAAUUUAUUUUUUAUUAACUCCCCCCCCCCCUCCGUGAGUGAACAAAACCAUUAGAAAAAUCGCUAUUUUUUGCCCAAAAAACCCACCCUCCGUGAGUGAACAAAAAUUUUUUUAAUAGAAAAAUAUUUUAUGGAAAAAAAUUUGAUAUAUAGAAAUUUCCCUUAAAUGGCGCAGUUUGCCCUUGAUUUGCCCACUGAAAAAAUUUUUUGGUUCGACCAGUACCAUAUGUUUGGUCAAACCCAAAAAAAAUUUUCAGUGGGCAAAUCAAGGGCAAACAGUGCCAUCUAUGGGAAAUUUCUAUAUAAAUGAUAAUUAGUAUAAUGAAAUCUAGAGCUCAUUCUGUUUAAUUUUGAACGAAUUGCAUUUUAAAACAUAAAUUUUAUAAAUUAAAAUUUAUAUUUGCUUUCCAAUUUUUGCAAAUUAGGAUUUUUUUAAGUUUCGAAAAAAAAUAUUAUUUUUUAUAAAAAAACAAAUUAACCCCCCUCCGUGAGUGAACAAAAUUUUUUUGUUCACUCACGGAGGGGGGGGGAGUAAGAAUUUACUCAAAAAGUUAAUUGAUUUAGAGUGAAAAAAACGUUUAUAUAGUAUUCUACUUGAACUUCCUUCAUUAAAUAAGGUCAAAGCUAUUGAUUAAAAAUAAGCUUUUUCACUUAAAAAAUUUCCAUUGAAAAUUAUAAUUUUGUUUCAACUUAAAGGAGGAUUAAUUUACCCAAAAAAAGGAAAUUUUAAUAAUAUUUUGUUCCAAUUUAAAGGGGAGGGGAAGUUAAUAUUAAUUUUUUUAAAAGAUAAUUACAAAUAUUUAAAGUCAAAACGCACUAUAGUUUAUAGAAUUUAAGUUUUAGAAUCAGACUACUUAAAAUUAAAAGAAUUAAAUAUAAUUUUUAUUGCAAUAGCUAUAACUUAUCUGUUAAAUUAUAAACAAAAAUUUUUGCUCACUUAUAUGUUUGAUAAUUUUUUCAUAGAGAAGGGGCAGUUAGAAGAAUGAUGAGAAAACCCAAAGGAGAAGCCCCAGAAGAAGGUGAAGAAGGCGAAGAAAAACCAAAAGGUAGAGAAUGCUUCAAAUGUGGAGAAACUGGACACAUGUCUAAAGAAUGCCCAAAUCCAUCAAAAUCAGGAGGUGAUAGAGCCUGCUAUAAAUGUGGGGAAACUGGACACAUGUCAAAAGAAUGCACAAACCCAGCAAAAUCAGGAGGAGACAGAGCUUGCUACAAAUGCGGAGAAUCUGGACACAUGUCUAAAGAAUGCACUAAUCCAAGCACUAAAAAUGUUGGAAACAAGGGCUGCUUUAAGUGCGGACAGGAGGGUCAUAUGUCAAGAGAAUGCCCAAAUCCAGGGGAAAAUAGAGGUAGAAGAAGGGAAAAUGGAGAAAAUGGUGGAGGAAGAAGUUUUGAAAGGUCAAGAAGUCCAAGGUGUAAUUAA